AUGUCUAUAAUAGCAUUAGACACACGACCCAAGAAGAUAUUUGCCAUCGUGUGGGCCCUUCUGGAGAUAUUUCUGUUCGCUGGACUUUUCUUCGGAUGGGGUACACUAGUUUUCAUACUCAAGGAGGACGGCGUAUACGGUGAUCUUUGUGAUAUUGAGGCAAAUGAACCAGGGGACAAGAUGGCAGAGUUCGGAAUCGGAACCGACACAAAUAUGACCUCAUAUAGUGCCCCUGCUUUCGUUGAAUAUGACGCCUUAAGUAAAAAUGUUACAGCAGAAUUACAGAAUAACGACACAAACGCACAUAGCAUCAAAGGGUUUAGGAGAGAAAUUGGAUGUCCGGACCAAGACAAGAAAUUCAAUUUGGGUUUUACGAUUGUCAGUGGUCUCUGGCCGUUCUUCUUCGGCAUAUUAGGACAACUCGGUCACAAGAAAGGAACUCGCUUCCUCAGAAUCAGUAGUAUAUUAAGUUUCACUUCCGGUUCGUUUUUUGUUGCCUUUACAACACCAGAACUGCCCUGGCUGGCCUUCAUCGGACUGUUCCUGUACGGAAUAUCAGGAUGUAGCCUUUUAUUUUCUAAUUUACAGUUGUCCUACCUGUUCGAGAACGGGCGUUCAAUAGUGAGUAGUUUAAUGACUGGAUCGUUUGAUUCUUCUAUCGCCACUCAGCUGUAUAUCAAGAUUGGGUAUGACAACGGCAUCAAAAGACAACAUUGUUACAUUUUUAUCGCUUGCUUACAUUUAGUCGCGUUCAUCAGCACGUUUCUAUGGCUCCCAAAGUUUUACAUCCAACUUCCUGAGAUUAAAGAUGAAACCAUUUUCGUCGGGUCUAACGGAGAGGAGACAACGAACGAAAACGAGAAGGAAAUGCAAAAGAUAGAUUUAGCAGACAGAAAUGGUGUGGAAAAUGACCGCACAAAAAUGGAAGAGCAAGAUGAUGUGACCGUUCCCAUGAAUACAACGACAACUAAGACAAAGGAUUCCUCUCUCAGUCUUAAGGGUCAUCUGUGUUCUCACGUGUUUCUCUUGCACGUGUUCUGGUACAGCAUUCUCCAGCUGAGGUUCUUCUAUUUUGUGGGUACAUUGAAUCCCUGGUUAGAAAGGGUUAGCCAUUCAGAGGAGGAAGUGAGCAGUUACACAAACACCAGUAUGUAUUUCAUGUUGGGUGGUAUCAUCACAUCAUUCACGGCUGGCUCAUUCUUCGAGAUGCAGAAGCGGAUAUACAAAGACAGUAAAAGUUCCCGAAAACGAAACCUUGCUCCUGCGGUAAUACCUCUGAUCGCAGGCACGGCCUUAGGAGUGUUGCUUUCAGUCAUGCAAAUGAUAUCAGCCGAUGCAGCUAUCUAUGCAUCCUUCAUCUCUGUCACAGCUUUCCGAUCAUUUUUAUAUGCCAUAGGAAACGGAUAUCUUAGCGAAAUGUUUCCUAGUAAGUAUCUCAAUUCCUUGUCGGGUAUACUGAUGGUCCUGACUGGAAUCGCUAGCUUUUUCCAGUAUAUACUGUUUUACUGGACGGAGUCCUACACCGGCGCAUUCCUACACGUGGACAUAGUGUUGGUAUGUUUGGUGCUGACGUCCCUAGUACACCCAGUAUAUCUAUGGCUGCAGUGCCGGAAGCUUGAUUGA